AUGGCCGAUUUGUAUGAAAUUCGGAGAAUAUAUGACAUUGUGGAUGAAAACGCAGAUGGAAUGGUGAGUGUGGAUGAAAUGUGUGGCUUCAUUAACAAGCUCGGAAUACCAAUGUCCGAACAAGAUCUGAGAUGCAUGCUCCGCAACAAUCUUCAAGAAGACCUGCCAUUUGGGGAAUUUGUUGAGUUUUAUCGAUCCAUCUUCAAUCAUCAAAUCGAUGGAGAAAAAGACGAGUCCGAGGAUCUGUUGGAGGCGUUUAGGGUUUUUGAUCAGAACAAAGAUGGGUACAUUUCUUCUAAUGAGCUUCAGAACGUGUUGUCCACAAUGGGAUUGAUUCCCCGGGGACAAGAUUCACAACAUUGCAAGAAAAUGAUGUGCAGAUUUGAUUCUGAUGGCAAUGGAGUUUUGGAUUUCUGUGAAUUCAAAAAUAUGAUGUCCUCUAAGCUUGCUCCCUGA